CAGAGAGCUGCUAGCUGGCUUGCUUCUACUCACUGAAACAGAAGCUGCUGAGGAGUUGCUGAGGCAGAACUGAAAUCAUGGUUUAACUCAAAAGGAAUGACAAGAGUUUCAGCUAAUUAUCUUCAGAGAGCAAGCAGCUACAAUGACGCUCAUGCCUUGAAAAACAGAAACAGAAUUCAUGUAAGACUUGAAGCUUCGUACAGAGCUCGAGGGGGAUGCUUAGUUUCUUUAUGACAUGGAAGCGUGAUGCUCCAAAGAAUGGAAAUGAAACUACCUGUUACUGCUGCUUUGUAGGAUUUGGGCAAAGUUUUCUCUGGACCAGAUAAAGGUAACAAUCAGCUUCAAAGUGAUGUCUGUCAUGGCCUUCAUGCACUGAGAAUGAAAAGAAGACGGCUGAGAGAUUACUUUUUUCAUCAAUCCUGGAGAAUGGAUGGGGAGUCCUUCACCUCCACCCGCUUCCCUCCUGGGAGCAUUCGCCCAGAAACUGGCAUUACCCUGGAACAAAAAACAACUUUUGUGUUUGUCGUCAUAUUGGUUAUUUUCCUUUGCAUCCUCAUUGUCCGAUGUUUCCGCAUUCUCUUAGACCCCUACAGGAGCAUGCCAACUUCCACUUGGACUGAUGGACUUGAUGGGUUAGAGAAAGGCCAAUUUGAUUGUGCCCUGGCUUAAAAACCAAAAACUUUGCCCCUCUAUUUGGAAACCACUCUGACAUAUUGAAAAUGAUCCUCGUGCACAAGCAAAACCAUUUUUUUAAAAGUAUAGGCAGUCCCCAAGUUAUGAACGAGGUUCUGUUGGUUUGUUCUUAAGUUCAAUUUUAUAUGUAAGUCAGAACAGUUAUAUUUUUAAGUGUAACUCCAGCAUGCUUGUAAGUCAGAUGUUUGUAAUUCGGGGACUGCCUGUAGUUAAAGCAACCUCACUGAUUUUUUAAAUAGAUAAAUAGGUAAAUCAGAUAUUUAAUUUCACAAAUCACACAUACUCAAUAUACACACUAUAUUAUACCAUACCCUGAUUCAAAGUACCUGGAGACUGAGUUGUACCUAUGUGCCUUUUUCUUUAUUGUUCACCCCACCCGCGCUACCUUUUCUAUAUUCUAAUAAGCCUUUCCAUAUUUAAAGGCAAGAAUCUGUUUUUUUCCCCAAUUUGUAUGUGAAAUAAUGUUUUUUUUCCCUCUCCAAGCAGUAAAAAAUAUCUUUUUAUUUCACUUUCCCCACUUACCAGAAAGGUAAAAAGUUCUCAGCAAUGUUAAUAAAACAGUGAUUGCUUUGAACAAUUUCAGUAAAGAAAUGUAACCUGUGAUUUUAUGAUAUACUCUUGAUUAUAAAAGCAUAAAUGAAAACAUAGAUAUAAAUCACAAGUAGUAUGAAAAUAAUGUAUACUCUUUACUGCAUUUGGUGAGUGGUUGUUGUUUUUCAAAUGAAAUCUUCAGUAGGAAUUUUAAGUGACUGAAGAGCUUCAUCUAAAAAAAUAUAUGUCCCUUAUAUUCCAACUUUUGUGAUCUCUGGGGAAACAGUUCUUUCAUUUUGAAUCCUGCAGGAGAGGCUGGAGCUGUAAUCAUGUAAGUGUGGCCUAACAAAAUUCCUUAGGCUUCUAGGUGUAAAUUGCGUUCCUAAGGUGACCACUACUGAGCUGAUACUGAGCAGGUUUUAUCUCCAACACUUUGCGUAUAUUGCAGCUGCCCUACUUGAAUUUGAUGGAGCCCCCAGUGGUGCAAUGGGUUAAACUCUUGUGCUGGCAGGACCAGUCAGCAGUUCAAAUCCGGGGAAGGCAGGUUGAGCUCCCUAUGUCAGCUCCAGCUCCCCAUGCGGGGACAUAAGAGAAGCCUCCCACAUGGAUGGUAAAACAUCAAAGCAUCCACGUGACCCCGGGCAACGUUCUUGUAGACAGCCAAUUUUCCCACACCAGAAGCAACUUUCAGUUUCUCAAGUUGCUCCUUAUACACACACAACAACAAAACCCAAAACCUGCAUUCAGGAAUUUUAAGUAAUACAACACAGUUUACCAUAUUGAACUCACCUAUAGUAUGGAACAUAUAAACCUCAUUACCUAUCAUUUUCUUUUAAAAUAAAUGUUGAGCACAUAUUUCCUUUCAGCAAAAUUCAGCAUUUUUUUCCUGUCAGAAGCGACUUGAAAAACUGCAAGUCACUUCUGGUGUGAGAGAAUUGGUCGUCUGCAGAGAUGCUGGCCAGGGGAUGCCCAGAUGUGUUACCAUCAUGUGGGAGGCUUCUCUCAUGUCCCUGCAUGGGAAGCUGGAGCCGACAGAUGGGAGCUCACCCCGUCUUACAGAUUUGAACUGCUGACCUUCAGGUCAGCAGUUCAGCCAGCACAAGGGUUUAACCCAUUGCACCACUGUGGCUCCUGUAGUGCUGGACCAGGGUUGGCUAAGUGGCAGUGGCUGAACUACUUCUGAGGCAUAAGUAAAAUAUUGUCUCUGGAUAAGGCAUGAUCCUUGUGCAUACACACCUUGCCUUUAAAUGUGUGGUGUAACAUAGGGAACAGCAACAAAAGGAUGCAGUGUAUAGUGUUCCUUUUGAGGUUGCCUUGUUUUCCUCGAGAAUUCUUUAUUUUCUCUAGGCUUUAUUGCCCACUGUCUCUGUAGGGAGUGAAUAUGCUUAAUAUUCACUGAGAUAUUGGUGGGGCCUCCUUCCUAAAAAAAGGGGACUUCUGCAAAGCUUGAGGUUCCUUCAGACUUUCUGAUCCUUCUCUUUGUUUUCCACUGAGCCGACUUUGGCUGCAAUCCUGCUGACACAUACUACCAGCUGCAUUCUCUAUUACAGAGAGUGAUAUGAUUCAGAUAUAUUCCUCUUGGAGACCAUCUGUCCUUUUUCACAGAGGAGUAAAGUUGGAAUGAAAUAUUCUAUUGAAAUAACUUUGAAAGAAAAAAACUGUUUCCACUUUCCCACCAGUAUGCUUAAACUUAAGGGAAGUUCUAUAUUUGACCCCAGUAAGCCUUGACAAGCCUGUAAACAAUGAGAUGUAGUGCUUGGAAAUCUUGACUCCCUGAAGCUGAACAAUAGUUCAUGUAUGGUGAUGGUUUAAAUAUAUUAAGAUAUUCAAAAUGCCGAAUUAAUAAUAUGAGAUGACUGUAUUUACUGUCUUACAUUAUAUAAAUGAUUGAAUUAAUGAUAAAGAUAUUUUUUAGCAUUCAGUUACUGGCCACAAAAGUCUUCUUCAAAUGUAUUUCUAUGCUGGUUUACUCCACAUAAGUGCAGUUGUGUUCAGCGGGACUAACAUUUAAGGAUUUGUGCAUAGGGUUAUACCAACUGGUUAAAUCAUAAUUGGUAUAUAGAAGAUGGUGAAGCAAUUCAACACCGGAAUCUGGAAGUCAGCAUGACUUGUGUAUGUUCAAGAUGAGAGUAUUGUAAAUGACUGUCAUGAUAAAUGGCUUCCUUUGGAGCAAAGAUUGUUUAAAAAAUAUGAAUGUUGAGACUCUUUUCUAAAAACUAAUAAAUUAAUUAAC